AUGAUAAAUAACUUAAUAAUAAUAGUUUUUUUUUCUGCUUGGACUCUACUAUUUCUAUUGGUUUUAUUUAUAGGAUAUUUACUUGAUAAAUCUUAUAAAUUAUCAUCUGUAAGCCCCUAAACUAAAAUUAUAAGUCCUUCAUGUAGUCUCCUUACAAUUAAUCCAAAAAUGAUUCCAAAUGAUCAAAAACAUUAAGAGAUAAGAAAAAGUGAUGAAGGGGCCAGAAUUUUAAUGAAUUAUUAAGGAUAUGAAAAUUAAUAAGCUAAUUAAGAAAAUGGAUAAGUUUAUAGAGAUUAAGAUGAUAAUAUAUUACCAAAAAGAAAGUCCAGUGAUAAAAAGUCUCCUCCAAGAUCAUUAAAACAAUUUUAAACAUAACAAACUAUUGUAAAGAAACUAAAUAUAGGAACUUUUGAUGGAAUUGACACACUUUAAUCAACUAAUAGAAAAAGUGUAAGAUCACGUCCAUCUGUAGUUAAUCAUGAAAGAAAUAGUAUAUAAGCUUAGUCUCCAGGUUAAAGGGUAAUAAGUACUCCUAGAGUAUCAUCGGUGUCCAAUUUUCAAUUUAAUGGAAAAUUACUUGUAGACUCUAUAAAUAAGAUUCCUAAACCAUUAAAAGAUUAUUAUGUAUUAUAUUAUUAAUAAAUUAGAAAUGCCAUUAAAUAUUUAAGAUAUUUUUUACACAUAAAGAUGGAAUUUCAAGAAUAUUUAUGACAUUGUAAAUUUAUUUUAGAUAAAUUAUUUGUUUUGAAAUUUGUGGAAUAUUAUUAAUUUACACAUCAAAUUUAUCAUUUUACAUUAUAAUUGCAGCUACAUGUGUAGGAUAUAUAAUUUUUAAAGUUUUGGAUUAUUACUUAAUUAAAAAAAUUAGUAAAGGUUCAUGGGUUUUAGUUUUGAAGAUUUUAAAUUUCACUUUUUGGUUUUCAAUUUUAGUUGUUUUUAUAUUUGGAAUAAUAUGGUUUGAAAUCAAUAAUUUGUUGUGUAUAAUAUAUUAUUUGCCUACAUUAAUUUUGGAAAUUAUAGUAGAUCCUAUAAGAUAUUUAAUAAUAAAGUAUUGUUUGGGAGAGAGUAAGAAAUCACAAAAAUAGACAUUCAAUUAAGUUAAUGUAUUGAAAGUAAUGGAAUAAAUUAAAUGA